UUUUUUUCCCAAAGCUCUGAUCCCAAAUGCUUCUUUUUCUCCUAUGCAGCAUUUUUUGUUCUUUUGUCCCUGGGUUUCGGCUGUACAAUAUUGACCUACCCUUUGACAAUGUGUUAGCCAUGGAACAGUCUCGCGAUAUUUGGCAGUUUCUACAAGGAUCUGGAGCUUAUUUCCAGCCAGACACAAGCACAUCCCUUGGGGGCCAGAGUCAAGAGUCUUGACACAGCCUUGUACCCUGCCACAUAGACUCAAGAGUGCACUUUCACCCUGCUUGCUGGUGUCCAAUUUAUUUUUGCUACUGCAGGACUUUCGUUCUUUUUUUUUUUUUUUUUUUUAAGACAAGGACUUAUAGCCCAGGCUUGUCAUGAACUCGGCCUCCACCUCCCUUGACCUGAGCUUACAGGUGUGCACCAUCAUUCCUAACUUCCCAUUUUACCACCAAAAGAGGGAGGGAGAGAAGAGGAAAGAGAGAGAGGGAAAAGGAGAGGGAGGGAGGGAGGCCUUUUGCAUGCCAGGCAAGAAGUCUAUCUCUGGGCUAUAUAAUUCCAGCCCCAAGGUUGUAUUUAAGUGUGGAAAUAUGCCUAAAGAGAGCCAGCUGUGGUGUAUGCCUUUAAUCCCAGCACUUGGGAGGCAGAGGCAGGCAGAUUUCUGAGUUCGAGGCCAGCCUGGUCUACAGAGUGAGUUCUAGGACAGCCAGGGGGCUACACAGAGAAAACCUGCCUCGGAAAAAAACAAAAAACAAACAAAAAAGAGCCAGCUGUUGCCAAGGUCUCGGACAGGCAAGAAACCAAAAACCGGUGGCAUUUGUGUAGGAUGCCGUGGGUAAAUCCUGACCCUCCCAGGCCUGUUUUCUAGAGAAGAGCCCUGUAGCCCCUUCAUAUGAGCCCGACCCCUCCUGUAUUGGUCUUAAAGGAGCCCCGGCUGCGGUGAAAGAGGCCUGCAACGCGACUUGGGUCGGCACAACCCGCUAGCCUACCAUGUGUCAUUUUACUUGACUACAGACUGAACUGACUUUCCUGCACAUCCACAGGCUCAGACAGACUUCGGGUCUCAGAGUACCUGAAAGGCAAGACCUGGGCUGGCCAGUUCCUGACGGGUAGGGCGGAACCUUGAUGCUCUCUCCGCAGCAGGCGGCCGGAAAGCGCCAAGGGAAACCCGCGCCUGCGCGCCGCCAUCUUUCUAAAGGCGUGUUACGUCUUGUCAUUCGUUCUUCCCCGCGCCGGUCUGGCCACUGGCGGAGCGGGGCGGGACCGGUCAUGGCGACCGAGGAGUUCCGCGGGCAUGCGGUGCGGAUGUCCACCCAGGGGUCUCAGCCUGGCGCGGCUCCCGACAGCGUGGCAGGAACUGCGGGGCUGCCCUCCGGACAGAGCGGCGGCGCGGGCCUCCGGCUCGGGGAACGCCCGCCCCCCGCCAUGGAGAAGCGGGGACCCUACUUGGUGACACGCGCACCUUCCAUUCAGGCUAAGCUGAAGAAGCACCGGGACCAUGCCAAGGCCGUUCUGCGGAGAAAGGGCAUGCUGGGUGCCUUGACGAACCGACCCGAUUCUUCAGGGAAAAGGUCAGUGAAGUUUAACAAGGGCUACACUGCUCUUAGCCAGAGUCCAGAUGAAAACCUGGUGUCCCUCGACUCUGACAGUGAUGGGGAGCUGGAAUCCAGAUAUUCCUCCGGGUAUUCCUCUGCAGAGGUGAACCAGGAUGUGAGCCGGCAGCUGCUGCAGGAUGGAUAUCACCUGGAUGAGAUUCCAGAUGAUGAGGACCUGGACCUCAUUCCUCCUAAGCCUAUUGCUUCUUCCGCGUGUUCUUGCUGCUGGUGCUGCCUUGGGGAUUCUUCCUGUACCCUCCAGUAGCCAUAGCCCUCCAGGAUGGGCCGAUGGCCCCAAUGGCCCUUCACAGUGAUACUCAGUGCACUGGGUAUCACCGCCAGCCUAGAACCACUGGAGGCAUUGACCUCUGGGGAGGCCAGUGGCCUACAGGAGCCCUCACCUGGUGCUUCUCAUGUCAGAGGCCCCCGUCUGGGUCAUAGGUGAUAGGUGGAAGUCGGCAGGUUCCCACUGGGGCAGUUUCAGGAAGCCACUUUAAUAAGGGAGGAGAAACUUCCUGAGGUUCUUAUGCUGAUUGCUAAGAAAACCAUUUACAGACAUUCUGACUCCUCCUGAGGAGGGAGAAGAAAGAACGAACUCCUUCACUCAGGCUGUGCUGGGGGUAUGGUGAGAGGCAGAGAGCAGCACUUUAUGGCUUGCAGGAGGAAUCUCAAAGAAUACAGCUGGGAAGCGCCAAGUGGGUUGUUCCUUAGGUUACAGCAAGGAAUCUAACUUAAUGAUGGAGUGGGCCUGUGGCUUUCAGAACCUCUGAACUUGGACCAUUCUGCUGGCCCUGCUGUCUGGAUGGGCUUAGUAACUCUGUUGGCCCUUCCCCUGUUACAAGAGAACUGCUCUGUUGUAUAUGUUUAUUUAUCUGUAGUUCCUUGGCAUUGGAGAGUUUCUCCGACUUUUUUUUUUUUUUUUGAGGUAAAAAUUGGAUUGGCAGGAAUCUGCAGUUUUUGUUAUUACCAGCAGAGGGAGCUGCUGGGAAGUUAGUGCCUUCCUAUGUUUAGCUGUGUAAGCUUUUGAGAAGUAUUGAUGGAUGAGAGGUGUCCUGGUGUAGCUGUGUGACUCUGGCCUACAUGGAAAUGUUUAGACAGGAUGGGAAGGGGAGACUUAAGCCAGCUCCUGGACCCCACUUGAGUUGAUGAAUCUGCAGUGCAAGGAGGCCUUCCCUCUAACAAGGCACAUUUCUCUCCCCAGCACAGGGCUCACAGGCUGGUAGAGCACUUGCCUAGCCUGUGCAAGGCUAGGGCUGAUGCACAAAACAAAACAAAAAAAAAAGCCUCUGGGAGAACACAGCUAAGCCCCAAGCCUGAGACUCAGUACUAAGCCUCUUCCUGGAAUCUAGUUUUCCCAGUCCCCCUCUGCCCGGGUCCUCCUCUUUGGGGUUUUUUUUUUUUUUUUGGUUUUUCGAGACAGGGUUUCUCUGUGUAGCCCCCUGGCUGUCCUGGAACUUACUCUGUAGACCAGGCUGACCUUGAACUCAGAAAUCCACCUGCCCCUGCCUCCCAAGUGCUGGGAUUAAAGGCGUGCGCCACCACUGCCUGGCCUCUUUGCUUUAUCUUACCCAGGUGUGUGGUGAGGCUUGGGGUAGAUACGGUUCCCAGCAUAAGGGGCGGCAAUAGUCAGAGUUAGGGGUUGGGCACCACAUGUGACUGUCCGUCCAGUGAUUACUGGAGGCUUAGGAGAAAUGAUAUGCCUGCUAUGUCCUUUCAUAGGUAGUAGCAAAAAAGGUAAGAUCAAAAGAUAAGGCUUUCCCUAUUACUUGGCCACAAAUCUGUUCUCAUGAUUGUUGCCAGUGCCUAGCAGGGGGUUUUGUUGUUGCUCUCAGGCUGUGGAAGGCUGAAAAGAGUAUACUAUGUCUAGGGGCUUUUUACUCGACUGCUUGGCAGCAUCACAAGAAGGAAGAUGGGACAGAAGCCAGAGGCACAUCUACUUGGUUCUUGGGUUGGGUCAUAGAUGCUGCCUGGGCUCUACAGUGGGAGUCUGCAACUCUGUGCAAGGAUCUCAUUCUGAGCACUUUAUGUAUGGCCUGCAGGGAAGGAACACAGACCAUAUCCAGGCUUCUAGGGCUCUGCAGAGGUGGAGUCCUCAUGUGCAGAGGGAACAGAGAUAGUACAGAGUAGAGAAAGACUUGGUGGUAGGGCUCAGUGAGGCCACAAGGGCUUGUGGAACUUAAGUGUGGAGUUCUAUUUCUGUUUGGUUAAAACAGAGUAGCCUGGACAUUUGGCAGCUCCUGGGGGUGGGCAGUGCCCAAGAAACCACACUCUCUGGGGUAGUUGUACUUGGCUAGAACUGUCCCUGGAAGGAAAGUUGUCGAGCUAGGUGGCCUCGUGUGGAAAAGCAUUACUUGUGGAAAAAGCUCAGUAGUGUCCAGCUAGGAGGGAUAGAAAUGGGCAGCUGUUAGGGGACAGACAAAAAUAACACCAAUAAAGGCACAGAGGUGCUCACACCCUAACUGCCUUAAUUCCAAGGGCUGGGUGUUCUGCGGGAGGCUGUCCCUGGGAAGGAGGGCGUCUGAGCCUCCUCAGGAGUGCCUGUGCCUCCCCCACGUUUGUUUACACUGCCCCUCAGUCCUCUUUCUUGCCUUGCACUUUCAUAGUCUGUUAUAAUAAAUGCAGUCCUGGUAGUGA